AUGAUACCUGCAGUGUUAGCCUCAGCGAUACCUGAAGAGAGCUCUGUAACACACAGAUCAUGCAAGAGUAGCUCAACAUCACCAAGGUUUUGCUGGGUCAAACCCAGUAAAAUGUUUUACUGCAAGAUCUGUUUGUCGGAGUGUCAUAUCAAGAAAGGUCAAACAUUGGAGAAGUGCACUUGCACAUUCUGUAAAGAGGUUUGUAAAAACACUGCACAGUUUUAAUAUUAUUAGCAUGACUAUACUACAAUCUUUGCAUGACCCUCUCAGUGAUUUUUACUGAUUUCCUUUAGUUUCAUUUAAUGGGCCAUGAAUAUUCUGGCACAGCUCAGGUCUUUUAUCAAUUUAUGAUUUUUCAUAGGAUUUUGAGUGUCAAAAUUAUUGUUCAACUAUGGGAUCUACUUUUUCUUAAAAUGUAUUUUUUGUACCAUUUACGAAUUAACCCCCAAUAGCUACCUAAAGUAAACUUCCCAAAAUUUUUUUGAUAGAAUUUGCUGAAAAAAUUGUUUUUUCUGUCUAUGUUAACCCUGUGUCUUCUUUGGACCAAAUUAGUCACUCUGAUCCAAUGCAAGAAAGAAGGUUCAUGAGCAAAAAACAUCUUAAGAUUAAGGGAGCUCGUAACUAUUAUUUCAAAACAAUAGGUUAUUGUUCCAGAACAAAAGUUAAGAGCCCUUUUAUCUUAAGAAGGUUUUAUGCAACCUGGCCCUGACCCCCAAUAUUAAAUGUCCAUUUUUCUCUAUUAGAACAGUCUUCAAAAUAUUACAAUAUUCCAUAAUACUAAAAAGGUCUUUGCUCCUCCCUGUCACACUGACUAUAAAAGCUUUAAUUGUUACUCUUAUCAAGCAUAAAAAAAGAAUUAUUUUAUUUGCAGUGCCUGGAGCAGUAUGUCUUGUUUUCAAUUAGCAAUGGAAAUGUUCUCAAGUUACCUUGCCCAGAUGCUCUUUGCCGCAAAAGUGGCCAGUUAACAACCAAUGAGGUCAGUAAGCGGGGGUUAGCAGAGUUGUCAUUUCAUUUAGUAGUACAUUUUAUUUUUUGAUGAGUCAGCUGAGAAAAGGAAAAAUCAGUAAGAAAUAAAAUGCGAUGUAUGAUAACAUGUUAACAUCAUGUAAUGUUGCUUAACUUUGUACUGUUAGGUUUCUCAGCUGGUUAAUGAGGAAAUGUUUCAGAAGUAUGUUGUAUUACGCAGAAAGAAAGGUGAUUUUUUGACACUUGUCAUUUUUGUUUUAUGAUGUAGCUGCUUUCUUUCACCUAGUAAGCAAAUACAUGUGGCCUUUUCUUACCAUUUUCCUUUUUGUUGUAGAGGUUGCUGUUGAUAAAACAAAAUCAUUUUGCCCAAUGGUUGGCUGCGAUGGAAUAUGCAGUGGAAUUCCUGGUGCCUCAGAGCCUACAACCUGCCAAGAGGUAAUAACUUCAGAAGGGAAAUUCCUUUAAGCUUUACAGCAAAAUUUUAAGUACUCACCCAUCACUGCAGGUCUUCAUCAGGUGUUGGUUGUGAUUGGAUGUGUGGAAGUAUUAACAGCAAGUAACAUGGCAGUUAGAUUGUUAUAUUUAAUUCUCAGAUGGUCAACAUCAAUUAUCCUCAUUUUUUUGUUUUAGAAUAAUAUGUUCCCUUAGUUUUCAGCUAUUUUACCAAUCAACUGUUUUGUUGUCUGAGCAUAGGCAUCUACAGUAGAACGCGGGUAACUCGAACUCUGAAGGGAAACAAAAAACAGUUCGAAUUAGCAGGGAAUUCAAGUUAUCAGGGUGAAUUUCAGUGAAAUUUUGAUCAACGAAAAGGAAAUUAGUUUGAGUUAGUGGGGAAUUCAAGUUAUUGGAGUUUGAGUUAUGGAGGCUCUACUGUAUUGUUUUGGAAGACCCUUUGUCUUUGGAGCCCAGCGAUGAGAGCUUAACCAAUGGAGGAAGUGGUCAAUAAAUUUAACCUUGAAUUGAAAUAUAACACAAACUUAACCUUCUCCUAAUGCAGACUUUGUCAGAUCUUUUCAUGACCUCAAUUUGAAUCAGCUGAGUUCUGAAUGUGUGAAAGUGGUGUCCCCAAACAAUGAUACACCCUUUUUGCCUGUAAAUGCAUGCUAUUAUGGUCAUUUUUUGGUUUUGUUUUUUCAGUGCGGUUAUACUUUCUGCUUUGACUGUAAAGAAAGCUGGCAUAUUGGUAUGACAUGCGGAGAGUACAAGGAAGUGAUUUCUGACUCGGCCUCAGGAGUAAGGUGGGCAAUGGAAAUAAAAAAUUCAGACAUUUUGUUGUUAAUUUGCACGUUACACAAAUUUGCAAAUCUUUGUUUUAUUCUACUAGGAACAUUUUGUACAUCAGAAAAGUUCAAAAUUUUCAGACAGCAAAGAUCCUUUCCAUGCAUUUGUUACCUCAAAGCUUGAUAAUUAAAACUCUUUGCUUUAUGGUCUCCCCAAGGACUUAUUGCAGCAUCUGCAAUAUGUUUUGAAUUCUGCAGCUAGGCAUCACCAUGUCAAGAAAAUCAGAUUAUGUUACACCACUGCUUUUCAGUUACACUGGCUGCCUGUUGAGCAGCGUAUUGAAUUUUAAGUGUUGCAUUUAACAUAAUGAUACAAGGUGAUGCAAGGUUUGGCUACUCGAUACUUAAGUGAUCUCCUAGAGCCUUACUCUCCAUUGCAUAGUUUGCGAUCUGCUUCAAAAAUGUUUCCUAAGUAGCCCUCAUUUAAUCUGAGAACAUAAUUAUUUUGGUUUGCACACCAAGACUUUGGAAUUUGCUGCCUUUUUACAUUAAAUCAAGCCCUUCUGUUGACAUUUUAAAGAAAAGACUACAGACAUCUCUUUUUACUAAUGCUUUUCAUUGAAUCAUUUAUUAAUUUUGGUGAAGGUGGAAUUUGCGAUGAUAGGUUUUACUUUAUAUUACUAAUAUUAUUAUUAUUAUUUUAAAAAUGUACCAAUAGGUCUCUCUGGGGCAAGGGGUGUAUAGUCUUUGUGUGUUAAUGAGAUGUAUUCGUGUAACUUUUGGUUCCUUGUAGAAAAUAUGGCGUCCUUUUUGUCCCUUCAGAUUGUUACACCAAUAUCGAUAUAAUCAUCAAGAGAGAGUGAAACUAAUAAAUACUAACUUAUUGCUAUUUUGACAGAUUUGUUGAUAUCUUGAAAGAAAGUGGGGAAAUGGGCGAUUUGAAAGAAUGUCCACUCUGUCAAGUUUUGAUUAUGAGAGAAGCUGGAUGUGCUCAGAUGAUGUGUGGCCACUGCAAGCACAUCUUCUGUUGGCACUGCCUCAAGUCUCUUGAUGUAAGUACAAUAGCCAAAACGUAAUAUUUUAAAAAAUGCAAAGGACUAGCUAGUCUCCCUCCCAACUACUAUCUGAAAGUAAAUAUGAUCAUGAGGACUAAAGAGAGUCUGGCAAAAGAAGGACAGAGAAGCAAAAAUUAAAGACAAACAACAACAACAACUAGAACAAAUGCUUGCUCAGAAACAUUUGCGGAGCGCAUAUGCUCCUAAACAUAAAACAAUAGGUUUAAUUUGUUCCAGAAAAAAAAUGAAGCUGGGAAAUGGCCAUGGUUGUCCCUAAAGGGCAUUGGUAGUAUUCCUAGGGAAUAACUUAAUUAGCCCAGGAGGUUCCCAUGCCUUUUUGCCAGCUGGCAAAAAAACGCAGGUCACAGGUCUUAAGUCAGGUAAAAGUUCAGGUCAUCAUGCUAAGGUAAAUAAACAAUACUAAGAGUCUCCUUGCCCUAACCUCAAUACAAAAUAGAGUUUUAGCUUGAUGGGAAACUGCUUAUCUCAGUUAUUUAUCAAUGAAUACACGUAGAUCAGUGACCUGCACUUGUGGCCUGUGUUUUGUACGUACAUGCCAAGUCAAUAAGUUAACAAUAUGUUGAAAUAUAUAUGUUUUCUUUUACCAGAGUGAUAUUAUGUUGAGACAUUAUGACAAGGGUCCUUGUAGAAACAAGUUAGGCCAUUCACGAGCUUCACUCUUUCUCCACAGAACACAGGUUAGUUAAAGGCCCAGCAGUCACUAUUCUUUUUAUUAAUUUGGGGGCAAACCUCACCACCACUUCCACCAAGGGUGUUGGUUGAAGCCUCCUCCCAUCUAAUAAACUAAAAUGUUAUCAGUAGCUUUCAAUAAUAUGGAUAUUAUUUUUUUUCUAGCUUAAUGCCUAUAGCUUUAUUUGAUGGGCAGCAAUGCAGCAAACUUGUAGUCCUUUUGACUCAGAGUUGUAAGCAACAAGGUGGUACAUGGUUUGUUUAAUAUUGUACAUGUAGUUACUUACAUGUACCACUCUUUUUUGCUAACUUAGAGAAAGUCCAAUUUUUACCAUAACUGAGUGAUUUCUCUCACGCUGAUUAGUCGAGAGCUAUGUUCGAUAACAGUACAGUUCUCCCUUACUUGAGAUUCUGAGAAACUUCAACGGAAUUGGACAUAAAAACUGUGAACGGUUGUUAUGGUAGAAAACAAAUCGACAACAAUUUUCCAUGGUCUGUACCCUUAUCCACCAUAGAAAUGACAUCAGAAUGUUCAAAACUUUGCAUUGAAACCACUCGCCUGCAGCUCCUGGUCAUGUCCUGGUUCCACUUGAGUUUUGAACAUUUUGAAAUCAUUUGUGUGGUGGAUAAGAGUACAGACCAUGGAAAAUUGUUGUUGAUUUGUUAACUAGAAAACAGUUUAAUCAUUGAAAUAUGUAAAUCAUAAUUUUGAGUGAACUGUUUUUGUUUCAGGUUGUUGCUGGAUUUGCUUUCUUUGGAUUAAUGGUUUUAGUGGCAUCCCCAUUUCUACUAUUAAUUUCACCAUGUUUGUUGCUGUCAAAGUGUUUGUUGCGCAAGUAA